GUUGUUUAUAUGCAGGGCAAUAAAGGCUGUCUCUACACUCCGGCAUUCGUGCAUACAUGGGUCUGUUUCCAUGCGCACAUUUGUGCGCCUUUGACUUGGAAAAGGUUCAGAAAGUGGCAACCUAAAUGAUAAAUGGGAUGGAGCAACUCACCUGGGAAGAAAGGUGGCACAGCAUUUGGGACUUCUUAGUUUAAAGAAAAGGUGAGUAAGUGGUGACAUAAUAAAAGAUUAUAAAAUUAUGCAUGGUAUGGAGAAAAAGGAUAAAGAUUUUCUUCCUCUCUCAUAAUGCUAGAACUCAAGGACAUCCAAUGAAGCUGAAUGUUGGAAGAUUUGGAACAGAUAAAAGUAGUUUAAAUAUGCAGCACAUAUUUAAACUAAGGAACUUGCUCCCACAGGACGCAUUGAUGGCCACCAGCACAGGGAAAAUGUAUUUAUGGGGAGUGUGAUAACCCUAAAAGAAAGUGCAGAAACAGACACCAAGUACUGGUAUCAUAGAAUCAUAGAAAUUGUAGAAUUGGAAAGGACCCCCAAGGGCUAUCUAGUCCAACCCCCUGCAAUGCAGGAAUCUCAACUAAAGCAUCCAUGACAGGUGGCCAGCCAGUGCUAAAAACCUCCAGUGAAGGACAGUCCACAACCUUCUCAGGGAGUCUGUUCCACUGUCAAACAGCUCUUACUGUCAAAGUGCUUCUUGAUGUUUAGUCAGAAUCUGCUUUCAUGUAACUUCAAUCCAUUGGUUCGGGUUGGCAACUUUGUUAUUGCUGAGUUUGAGACUAGAAUUUGAAAAGAAAUUUUGUUGGCAAAUAUAUAUUUUUAGUAUGAAAUCCUCUUUUUGAAAAAGGGCAUUUUUUUUCUUCCUUGGAGAUGAUAGAUUGAAAAGAAACUAAUCCUUAGUGUGUUGCCAUAGCCAAGUGAAGAUUUUUAUGGGGCCUUGCUACUUCCUGCGUGUUAGUUACAUUGCUCACUACGUAAUUAUCCAGUGGUAUCAUUUUUCCAAGUACUGUAUGUAGAAAAUUGAACCACCAUUAUGAACAAGACCCAACAAGUCUGUAGCAGAAAGGGAAGCCGCUGACAGAUAUGGGCAUCCAGGCGCUGCUGACGGCUUGGGUGAGGGCGGGGCGUAAAGCAGGAAGAGUUUGUGAGCUUAUUUUGCAUUUAGUCACAACCAUAAUGCAGUGCGCUGAAUUAAUUCUUUUAUCUGUAUUUUCUGUUUAUUUCUGUUGUGAAAUAUUACAUGUGCUGGUUCUAAAAGCAAGUAGAAAUUCCGGAAUAUAACUCAUUGUUGAAAAGCAAGAUUUUAACCCUUGGUUUAAAGGAGUUGCUGUCACCUAAGAAGCAGGCGUGGUUACUCCAGCAAAUCUACCACGGGGCUUAAGUUUAUACUCUGGUUUCUCUUCAGAUCGUAUAAAUCUUUCGCCUUUUACUAAAGAUUUCCGUGGAGAGGAACAGUUAUGAGUUUACAACUAAUUUUUUGAGGCCCCGCUUCGGUGGGGCUACUUUUUUUGCUGUUAAAAAUAGAUUUGAAUGCUUACCAACUUCACAAAAAUUAACAGGCAUAAAACAGUGUUGUUAAAAGUAUGAUGCUGUUCGUUUCUUUUAAUGCCGACCCAUAGCGCAGUUUUAUAGGUGUUUAGGCGGAAGUAAGAAUUUAAAAAGUCUGCUUAUUUUGAAGUUACCGGUAAUUACGAUUUACUGUAUAUCAAUGAAUGAAGGACUGUCGGAAAUGUAGCGUUCUGAUCGCUAGCCCAUCGGACUUGGGGAACCCUGUGCAAAUGCCCCCUCCGCCACAAAACUCCCUCGGUGACAUUGGGCUUGUGUCUCUCAGGCAGCCCAUCUUAUAAGGGUGUAAAGGGAAUAAAAACGGGUGGCGGGGUGCCUGAGCUUGAAGGAAGAGCGGGAUAAAAUGCCAUGAAUACGAUAUGUGCAUAAUAUUGAAUUUUGGCAAUCGUCACGAGAUUCCCAUAGAUUCAAAAAAGGAAAAGUUGUAUACCAAAAGGCAAAAAUAAAUGAAUCGGGAAAAACGCAAAAAAGGUUGAAAACGGAAAAGUUAAAAAUUACGAGAUACCAAUUAAUCUGCACUAAAAGACCCCGUCAUUCGUCUACCUAUAUAGCUGCUUCUCCAUCACAAGAGAGGCCAUUUCCCCCUUAGAACGCUCCUCCGGGUAGGCUCCAUGUCAUUAACUUUGGCUUGCACGUCAUUUUCGGAAGUGUAAAUCUCCAGAAAACAUGGGGAAAGAAUUAGGGGGCGGACGCCGCAAGUCGUGCUGGUAGAUGUAGUUUUUUUGUAGGCAUUUACGUCACCUGACAGACGUAGCUUCCCGGCAGGCUUUGCGGCGCGCCCCGUUCAAAACGGCGGCAGUUGCUUCGCUGCUUCUUUUCGAUACCGGUCUGUGAAGUGAGAGGUGCUCCUUUUUUUUGCUGACGCUAGAGAACCAGACUUUUCCAGUACUAUGGACGCAAGCGUUUAUAGAUGCCUUCAGCCCGGGUUAGUGAUUAAUAUUCAGCGUAGUAAUGGUAAGUAAAGGACCAGAGCCUGACAAAAAUCGCGAUCUGUUUAGGUGUGUCUUUUUCCUCUUGCCGUAGCCAAAGUUUUCAGCCUCUUCUGGGGUUUUGUAGAAUUAAUGCGCAUGCGCUGCAGUUAUCCUCGCCUUCCUUCUGGCGUGCAAUGGAACUUACUGAUAGGAAGGGACCCAGCAUAUAGCCAGAUAGAGAAGCCCCUGCUUCGUUUUCAUUUCUUUAUCCAGUACUUAUCUCCCACCCUUCUUCUGUCAUGGAAGCCAAGAGGGCGUUACACGCUGUUUCCCGGUGGUCUCCCAUCCUGGCACUGACCAUCCACAGUCUUGUUUAACACAAGGUUCCCUCAUGCAGUAGAGCUGCCUCAGACGUUGCGUAGCUGAAUACAAAUCUGGUGAAAUUCUUUCCCUCCUCGACACUCCAAUGCUAAUAAGAUGAGGCGUUUCCGUUAGUAAUUUGAGUUCCAGGCUGUUAAGGGCUUUAUAGGUGAAUAACAUAACUCUGAAUUGUGCAUAUAAGCUAACAAGCUGCUAAUGCAGCUAUUCACAGGAUCACUUUGCCUCAGUUUAUAGUGAACAAUUAGUUUUACGAAAUGGUUUAAUGACUUUUUCAAACAACUUUUUACAUACAAUUUUUCCAUUUGAGGGCCACAUUCCUUUCUGGGCAAAUUUACAGGGGCCAGAGGCAUGGGGAUAGCCAUGGUUUAUGUUAGGGGGACAGACUUUCUGGGGGGGCAGAACUUUGGUUAGCUAAGUAUUUUUAUUGAUUUGCUUGUUUUUUGGGGGUGGAGGUGCAAACCUUGGCCAGAGGCAAAAGUGGACAGAUAAGAAUUUGGAACCCUUUGUACAGCAGGCUAUAUUCCAGCCACGCAAAAGCUAGAGGUUUGUCUAUCCACACAUGCUUUUCUGGAUUGAAAGAUUUGUGCAAGAGUAUCACUUUCAAGGAUACAUUCCAGCCAGACAAAAGCACUCAAAGUGGGUACCAAACAGAGCCUGGGGAGAGUCCCAAGGGCUGGUUAGAGAAGCUAGGAGAAUCACCUAUGCCCCCCUUGGCUGGGGAUUCCGCGCCUCUUCUGCAGACACUUUUCUAAAAUAAAUUUUGACCUUUGGAUAUAAGAAGGCAUAUUCUGUUGGUAAUGGUACUACCUGGAAACUAUCAACAAUAGCUAGCAGAGGUAUAACUAACUGUGUUUUGGGGGAGGGGGGUGCCAAAAAACUACUGAGCUUCUCUAGGAAUAGUAGUAGGGCUGGGCCAUAUAUUGAUACAUCAUCUAAAACUAGUUUGAUGUUCAUAUUGUGAUAUAUGUUUCAAAAUUUUUCACCUGGCAAUAUAUUGCGAAUCAUGAUGUGUCUGUGUGUGCAUUAUGCAAAAAUCAUGAUGCGGGAAGAACUGUGAAGCCAGUCAAUGCCUCUACAUAGCUCCAUCCUUAUUUCAGACUGUGAUAUAUCCUUAUUUCAGACAUUGUGAUAUAUCAUUAUAUCAUUCCUACAUCGUAGGCCAUGUUAGUAUGUAGAAAAUGGUUUUGUCCAAGUUGGUGUUAAGCAUAAGCAAACUUAUUAAGACUGUCAAGGAAGUGACCCAGGGGGAAGAGAAAGAAUUACUGCAAAAAAAUUAUAUUACCCAGAACUGUCUCUCAAAAGAGGGCAGCAAAUCGUUACCGAUGGUACUCCAUUAAUACUUUUCUGCUUAGAGUGGAAGCUCACAGACGUGUUUGUACUUUUGUGACAAGUUUCACAUUGCAUGUUUCGGAUUAGUUGAUAUUUCAAUGCAUCUAGUUCCUCUGUGGUUCUCUGAUUUGAGGAAACUAGCCUUUUUUGAAAUGAUUUCCCCCCCUAUUCAGGUGCAGUCCAUGGUGCCACAAUCAAGGCAGUGAGUCUGGAAAAAAUGGUGGUAUCUGUAGAAUGGACAGAAAAUAACACUGUCAAAGGGAAAGAGGUGAGAAUUUGAAAUAUAUCCCCAUUCUUUACUUAUGCAGUCAAGCAGCUGAGGCUAAGAGCAACCCUAACCCCUAGAUAUGCUGGCUGAAGGGAGUUAGGAUGAGGUGCCUUUCCUCUGGUGAGCAAGGUGUCUAAGCUGCAGACCAUAGCUAUGGCCACAGAAAGCUCCACAGGUUGUUUAACUGCCAGAGAAUAAGAAGUAAAAUUCCAGAUUCUCCCUUCACUUGCCCGGCCUGUACAAGUUGGUAGACUUUAGAAGUGGCAGAUUGUCCAUCAAUGCAUUCCCUCUCCACUCCACCCUCCAUUUAGGAUUGGUAGUCCAAUACAUGUUUACAUAUAAGUCCUAUUGAACAUAAUAGGGCCUAUGAGCUAUUGAGGUGCAUACAAUUCAGCAAUGAUUCUCCAGCAAUACCAAUUGCCUGUUGGCUCCUUUUAGACAUAUGGCUAGCCACUGGAAAACAGAAUGCUGGGCUGGAUUUGCCUUUGCUUUGAUCCAGCAAGGCGCUUAUGAUUUAGUAGACAUCAUAUAAACCAUAUAUUUGGAAAUCUUCAAUAAAUGUUGGUUUAAAACCUACCUCCUGCAUCAUACACGUGGUGCUUUUUUGUCCAGAAUUAGUAAGAAUUCCAACUCUAAAAACCCUUUUGCAUGUCUUUGAAUGGAUAUUUGUAGAUAUGCCAAUUAAAUAAAUCAUAUCCUGCCUUACCACCAUAUGAUCCUCAAAAAUAAUUCCUUCUCUACCUCCAACAUGAUUUUUUUCCCCAUUUACCAUUCUUUUUCCUUGUGGGAGUCCCACCUAAACUGCACAGUGUGGUUUUCUAGGAUAGUGCUUGACUGACUUUUUUUUUAAUUGAAUUUUAUAAUUCAUCUGCGUCUGUAAAAUGUAUUAUGCAAAGCAAGAGUGCAUUCUGGGAUCUUACCAAUUAAGAUGUUGCUGUAUUAAGUGAUCUUGAUGUGUAUUAUUAAGAACAUAAUAUCUAUUAUGUUGGAUGAAGUGAAGGACUAACAUUCUCUAUAAAAAUUAUCCAGUAGAUCAUGGCCUACCUUCAGCCUACCCUGAUAAAUGGUGUAUAAUGCAGAAAUGGUCCUAAAAAUGACGACACCCUUUUGCUUAGAAAGUUGUAUCAUAUACGCUGCAAAACUAAUUUACUCAUUUGGGAGUAAGUUGUGAAUAUAUUGAGCUCAGUAGAGCCUAGCUUUUGAGUAAACAUGACUAGGAUCAGGCUGAAUGUUAGCCAAUAAGUUUAUAUACUAAACACCUACUCAGAGCUUUUUUUGUUAACCACAAAACAAACUCUUGUUGUGUUAAAUGAAUAAGGCAACAUUUCCCAACAUGGUGUGAUAUGUGUAGAAGCUGAGUAGUUGAUCUGGAGACUUCAAAUUCAUACUUCCUACCUGCUCUAUGGGUGCCUCUGUAGCUCAGGAAAAUGACUGUUAGAAUAUUGCAGCACUAGCAAUAGGAUUAUGAUGUCAUUCAUAAGGUAAAGCAGAUGGGCUGUGGGGCAUGACUUAUUCACUCUACCUCUGCACAUUCACAAAGCUAAGAGGGAGAAAUCAGUUGCAUAGCCUAACUGAUUAGUUUUAGAUUAGUAAACACUUCAUUUUUUGGAAUGACAGUCUAAGAAUUUGUUUCAGUAAGUAAUAUUUGCUUUACUAGGAGCUUACAGCGGAAAUCAAGGAAUGACUGGGAUGUACUAAGAUUAGCUACUAGAGAUUAAAGCAUUUGUAGUAAAUGGGCUUUGCUGGUGUCUUGUGAAAUAAGAGCCUCCUGGAACACUAUAUUGGUGGGCAACUUGUUUUAUAUAUCAAUUUAUGAGAGCUGUGAAUUCAUUGCUCUAAACUGGUCAUGCCAAACAAAUUGCUGACUGGUGGUCCUGGUGCUUAGGCAUGCGGUAGAUUGCUUAACAUAUACCCUUAAGGCUGAUGAUUAAUUAUGUGGUAAAUGGCUCAUCCUGUGUUUUGUGUCUGUUUUCCCUUUGCAGAUUGACCUUGAUGAUGUGGUAGCAAUAAAUCCAGAGCUGUUUACAUCUCCAGUUGUUGCUGCUGCGAAAGAAAGCCAUCUUGCCCAGGAGAAUGUAACCACACAGGUAGGUUAUCCUGGAGUUUUUCCUUUGAUUCUUGCCAAGCAGCAAGAAUCUGAACUUACUGAAUUUUAAAGAUGGGUUGAAACUUCAUGAGUUGUUUUUAUAUCUUUUAAUAUUUUACUAUUUCAUGCUUGCCUCUAUAUUGAUUUGAGGUCUCAAGAUAUGGAUUAACAAUGCAAAAGAAGUUUACGUCUUUCAGCAUUUUUAAUUCUUUUUUUAAAAAAAGUAUACAAACAGCAUCUCUAUUCAUGUACUUUCCUGGGGAUAAUUUCUGAUUCCCCCCCCCCAAUGUCUUUAUUCUAUUAUCCUCUAAAAGUGCUAAUUGAAGCUUUUCUGCAUCCAUGUUUUAAUAGCAGUUAUAUCACCUGAACAGUGGUGCUGGGGGGAAGCAGUAUGGCCAAACUCUCUUGUGAUGGAGGAGCAAGACAUUGGGUAGAGGAGCCCUAGGGAUACGGAUAUGCACACUGCCUCAGAGGACUAGGAAUGAGGCAAUGACAAUUGAAAGGGAAAAUAUGAUGGGCAAAGGAGAGAGAUGGUGGGGCAAUAUGUAGAAAGAGUAUUUUGGACAGAGUGUUAGCUUAGGCAAAUGGCGAGACGUAAAGCUAAUGGAACCAUGUCCAAAAGCACAUGGGGCUUCUGUGUCAGAUAAUUGCCAAGAGGGAGGAAAUUGUAGGACCUGCAGCUUUUCCUGAAGGCCUGGGUUUGAAAAUACUGGUUUUUCUUUUGUUCUUGGACAUACAGAAGCCCCUGCUCUCCACUGCUUUGUAGGACUGCCCUACCUGAAGCUUUCUACCACUGUCCAAAUUGCCUUUUCCCAUGCACUUGUUGCUCUAUUGUCAUUAUCUUGGAUGAUUUGCCCUUUCACUUCACUAUGGCUUAUGUGCAGUCAAUUUCUGCAGCUUACCCUGUGCACAUUAUCAUAUAGUCCAGGGGUAGGGGAUUUUUGGGUGAGUGGUCCAUUCUGACAGAUGGGAAGGGUUGCACAGCUGUCAAUCACUUGACAUCAUAUAAUGUCAGGUGAUUUAAAUAUAAGCCUCCAGAGCAGGUACAGGCUUGAUGCUCGCACUUGUUGUUUAGUCGUGUCCAACUCUUCGUGACUCAUGGACCAGAGCACGCCGGGCACUCCUGUCUUCCACUGCCUCCCACAGUUUGGUCAAACUCAUGUUGGUAGCUUCGAGAACGCUGUCUAACCAUCUCGUCCUCUGUCGUACCCUUUUCCUAGUGCCCUCCUUGUUAGGAAAAUACAGCAGCAAAGGCUUGUCUAUUAUGUUAGCACUGCUAGUGCAAGGAUUUCCACUUGCCCAAUGGAACUGUCCCUCGUUUUCCUCCCCUCUGCUCUCUCUCCCUGAGCCCAUGUCGAGGGUUGGGGGAACCCCCAGAGCUGAUUGCAGGAGGUGGAUAGGGAGAGGAGAGAGAAGGGACAUUUGUUGCACAGCCAAAAGUCCCUGCACUAAUGGAACUGUUCUGUUGAAUGCUGCAUGUAAUAAGUUUCUUUUUAAGACCACAUUUGAGUUCUUGGGUCUCUCCUAGAAGUGUAUCAUUAUACAGAGAAACAUGUGGUUUUCAAUUUUUUUGGUGUUCGCCUUUGUUGGUAGCAAGUUCAUCCAAAUAUAUUUUUCAAGCAGUCCUUUAGAUCAUAGUCAUGAUUGCAAAAUGCUUAGUCAAAUUCUUAUUUUCUCUGCACCCUUAAGACUAGAUUCUUUGGCUGCAAAUACUUGAGGCUGACUCAUCUGAUACUAUAGUGAGCUGCUUUGAGCUCAGCUUGGUUGCUGGAAAAGCAGCAUGCAGAUAUAAAACCAAGUUCUGCAUUCUGAUUUGAUAGUUUUUUGUUGCAUUAUACCUACCUAGUGAGAUAGCAGAUAGGGCCAGUUAAUAUAAAUGAGGCAGAACAAUGUCUUUUAAAACUUAAUCCUGUCAAAACUUCACCAUCAAUAAAUUAACCAUUUCUUCUGCAAUUUUAUAUUGGUUAUUUCCCUAAUAAUCUCUGAGUUUGAUGACUUUCUUUUUUUAAGUAGCAUUCAGUACCCCUCCUAGCAUACAUGUUAAAAUCUUGCUGUCCAUAUUUAAUAGAAGGCAGUAUUAUACAGCAGAAACAUCAUCUGGUUUGGGAAUUGAACUUAACUUUUGCUUCAUUCAUAGGAAUGGUCGGGUGAGAAAAGUGUGGUUGUAUUCAAGUACAGUACUGUAUCUCCUUUCAUAAAUGGAAGGGGCUGAUAUCCAGCAGUACCUAUUGGCAAAACAGUAUAGUAGUGCUUUUCACUAAUUCCCACUUCUUGUUUCUGUACCACCUACCACCCUAUUUUGAAAGGUCCCCUCAACUCUCUGGUACAUCUUUACAGCAGGUUGCAGAGGCAGGGAAGGAAUUUGUAUAAAUCUCCCUCCCACCCCCUUCAGCAGGAGCACCAAGCAUAUGAAAACAAAUCAGCCAAAUAAAGUGUUGGUGGUUCUUUAAAUAUGUUAUAAAACAGGCCAAACGGUUUUAAGCAUUUGCCAAACUAUUUGUAAUGACAAUUAGGGAAUUUUAUGAAGAUAAAAAUGAAAAUGGAUUUCUUCACUGUAACAAAGCCCUAUUCUAUUUUCAGUUAGAUUAUUUGUGUACCUGGUUUCUGUAUGGUAUCAUAAGCAUGGUUUGCACAUGUUCCUUUGCUAGUGUAUCCCUCUUCUCAAGAGCUAAUUUUCAGCUAGCUGUUGUUUACAUCCCUAUGUAGGAAGGGAAGUACAGUGGUACAUUGCAAGACGAAUGCCUCGCAAGACAAAAAACUCGCUAGACGAAAGGGUUUUUUGUUUUUUGAGCUGCUUCGCAAGACGAUUUUCCCUAUGGGCUUGCUUCGCAAGACGGAAACGUCUUGCAAGUUUGUUUCCUUUUUCUUAACACCGUUAAUACAGUUGCAACUUGACUUCGAGGAAAAACUCAUAGAACGUGGUGUGGUAGCCUUUUUUGAGGUUUUUAAAGACUUUGGUGAUUUUUGAAGCUUUUCCAAAACUUUCCCAACACCGUGCUUCACAAGACGAAAAAAAUCGCAAGACGACAAAACUCGCGGAACGAAUUAAUUUCGUCUUGCGAGGCACCACUGUAUAAGCCUUUUGAAUUGCCUUAUGUUGCCAGAUAACUAUAAUUGCAUUAUUAACUAAUCAGAAGCUAAAUUCCUGUGGGAGGCCUUUGAUGUUUGAUAAACAUUGCUAGUAGUUUUCCAAUGACAUUCAAGUUAACAGUUAAAAAUCCAUUGAAAUAUUUAGCUGUAAUCUACUCUCAAUCUGCCUGGCUCAAAUUAGCCAAUCUGGUUGUCCUAAAAUUCUUUUUGAUUCAUAUUUUGGGGAAUACACAGAAAUUAAUAGAACAUCUAAAAUUUUCUGAGUUUUGUAAUUUUUAGAUUAUGUAUUUCUAUGUUCUCUACAAUAUUUGUAAGUUGGCAGUUAGCAAUUCUCAUUAAAACAAUUCCAUUAAUAUUCCAAAUUUAUUAUGUUGCAAAGUGGGGUCUGUGUUAAUAUUCAGUAGACUACAAUACUUUUUUUUUACUUCAGAGGCAAACCCGCAGAACAACACUCUCAAAAAUUCCUGCUCCGAAAGAAGGUAAAAACAAAUUUAUUUGCUUUGAAAUAUUAUGAAUAGUUUUAGCCCUCUAUUGGAAAAGAACUCUGUACGCUGCAUCUGAUUUUGAAGCAAUUUUGUCUCAGAUUUACUUGGUGACUGGGAAUUGGAAGACAUAUGAAUCCUAGUAAAUGUAUUACAGAGCCUGAUUCUCCCCUCACUUCUUAUUUUUGGACGUUCUAUAUAGCCACUGUCACCUGUAGCUUUGACCCUGCAGGUCUAUCCUGUGCUUAUGCCUCUUCUCCCUCAGCUGCCCAUACAGAAGUGUCAUGAUACAUGCUUAAUAUUAAUAAGGACCCACUCUCUAUAUUGCAGUGGUGGUGUAUUUUUUGUACUUGUAAGUUUUUAAAACAGGUUUUAAUUUUGUACUUUGACUUAUUGUAAUCUGCCCUGGGACCACAGGGUGAAGGGCAGGUAGGUAAUAAAUUAAAAUAAUACUAAUGGUUGUUCAUCCCAAAGCAUUUAUUAGAACUUAAAAAAAAUAAAAGUUUGGUUACUCUGUAUCACAACAACUAUAUGUUCCGGAGGCGUUUCCUUUUCUGAAUUAUGUUCAGGAAAUAAAUCUUAGCAGUAUCUUGUUGCCUCCAUAUUGCUCAUCAAUUCUGUGGUAAUACUCCCUCACCUUUCCAUUUUUGAAGUCCUUUAUUCUAAUUUAGGUUUUAGAAACAUGUCUUUCUGAAUACCUUAUUAAAAUUGCAUAGUUUUCCUUCUCCUACAUAGGCUACCUUCCCAGGUUGACAAGCCAAGUAAAACUUAGUUAAAUACCACCCUUAUACUGUUCUCUGGGGUUGUAUUCAACUAACAGGAUCUGUUAGUCGUGGCAUUUAAUUUCAUUGGGUACUCCAAGUAAAAGUUAGUUAAAUACAGCCUUUAAACUGGGUUUUACCAAACUGACCUCUAGUAGUUCCCAAAUGCUUGCUGAAGUUGUAUUGUACUGCUUUGUGCACACACAAAAAUACACAAACAUUUUUGGAGUCAAUUUUGCUGAAUAUUAUUAAGUUGGUAAUUGAUGGCACUUUCCCCUUGCUUCCUUAGUACUGCGAUCGCAAGCUAGCAAGAUGUCUGUCAUAGCAGAAACUCAGAACAGCCCUCUGGAAAACGAUAUGGAGGUGGAAUUGCCUGCUCCUGUACGAACACGAAGCCACUCUGCUCUUCCUGGUGAGUAGGAAUAAGUACAAUACAUUAUGAUUUUGCAUUUGUAUCGCACAAGUGUUCACGGGUAGAGCAGCUCUCACCUAUAUGCAUAAAAGGACCUUGUAAAUUUACAAACCCUCACUAUUUCUUGUGUUGCCUUGAGUAAUGCUUUUAACCACUGAUUUCCCGUCUCAACAGUUGUACGAACUCGAUCUAGGGUCAGCUAUUCUACUGAUCGAUGUAAUGUACAACCAAAUGGCAAUGAAAUGACAGAAGACACUCCACAGACUUUGAGAAUGGUCUCUGUUGCAAUUCAAGGUAGGAAUAUAGUUCCCAGCUUGCUUCAUGGCUCUUUAAAUCAAUAUCUUCAAUAGCUUUGUUUAGUCUGGUAGAGAGCUUUGUGCUACCAUCUUAAUGGAGGUUUGAAUAUAGUUGAGGAUGGACACUAAAGCUUAGGUUGAACUGGUCUUCAGUCUUGAAUCCAAGCUUAAAUAAAAGCUUAGUUCCUGAACACAGGAAGUAGUGUUUCAAAUGUAUUUUGGCAUUUACAGAGAGCUCACUAUCAGCACAAGUUUCCAUGCAUCUAGCAUUAGCAGGAAGGGCUUCCAGCCAAAGUGGAUGACUUCCAAGGAGACUUGAAGAACCUAAACACUCCUGUUGUCUUAAAUAUCACCUAUGACUGUAGAAAUUUACGCAACAAUAAAAUGAUACAUCUCCUGAUUUUUAUUUUUGUUUUAAGACUGCCUCUGGGAGACUUGUGGACAGAAGAUCAGUUUUUUGAUGUAGGCCAUUUCAUUUCAGUAGCAGUAAUAACAUUCUUGCUUCUUCUAGCUCGUAGGAAAUCUAACAUUGUAAAAGAGAUGGACAAAAUGAAAAAUAAGAGGGAAGAGAAAAGGGCCCAGUUCUCUGAAAUAAGAAAUAAGCGGGCACAGGUAAGAAUGGGAUACUUGCCUGUGAAACAUUCUGCAGGAUGUUUCAUUCCAUAGCUGUAUCUUGGGUGCCAUGCAGAGCAUGGAUAUUCAUCAUUGUUCUCUAUGUAAUCUGACUAAAAUAAGCAAUUUAGCUUUUCUCAUUGCAUGGAAUGAAAUUAGUUCUGGUUUCUCAAAGUUAAAAGCAAUUAGCAUACCAAACUGAGUUCUAGAUUUUUAUUCCUUGUUCUAGUUUUGAAAGGUCCUUAUGGCAGACACAUUAAAGAAAACUGCCUGCGCAGUUUCUCUAAAACCUGUCUAAGAAAAAACUAUAGUUGCUUGCCAUACUUUAAGUAUAUCAAGACUACAAUUAGACCAACUUAAUGGAGAGCAGCUAGUUGGAACUUAAGAGCUCAAGUAAUCUCAUUUAGAAGUGGAUGGGGGGGAAAGCUUUAUAAAAAUGUAUAUUGAAGCUUUAAUAACAGUGGAUGAAAGCAUAAAGUGAAACUUUUGCCCCAAGGAAGACUUUUCCUACUCUCCGUACUUUAUUUCUUAAUUGGUAGUGUUGCACAUUCUUAGGAAGAAAAGUUGCAUAAUUUUCUCUAUAGCAAGAUUGUAAGUUAAUUACUACUUUGCCUUACAGGAAUAUGACAGUAGUUGUCCAAACUGGGAUUUUGCACGGAUGGUCAAGGAAUAUAGAGCCAAUAUUGUUUGUCAGUCGAUAUCAAUGAAUGACCCCGUAAGUAAAUACUUGCAACUAACUAGCCACAUUUCCCCCUCCAAGUGUCUUCUUAUUUAGUAUUCAUCUUCAAAUAAACACAAUUAUUGGUAUACAUUUGCUAUAUUUUAAGGAGGUAACAAAUACUUUAUGAACAUCAAGAUCUAGGAAACUGAAUUAACUAUUAAAGAAUGGGACUCCACUUGAACUCUCAAUGUAUUAUCUAGGAUUAUCAAAGUAAUCUUGCUCAUUUAUUGAUUGUAUGUCCUGAAGAAUUUUAAAAUGGUGUCAAAGAAUGUGCAUUGAACAUUAAACAGAGAUCUAGUGCUCAGUGAAAUAGGUAGGCUGCUGGAUCAUACUGUGACUUGGCAAAUUAUUAAAAUUUUCACAAGUGAUAAUCACUCAAGGGAGUGGAACAGCUAUCAUUGGGCUAAAGUUCCACUAAGCAUGUGACUUCUAGAAGUUCACACUGACUUUCUCUACUUGCCUGCUUUGUCUAGACAAGUCAUAUAAAUGAUAUCUAUUUUUCAUCAACCUGAUAUAUUUUUAUCACAUAUAAUGUUGAUAAAUGUGGUUAUAGGCCUCCAAGAACACAUGGUGAUUUGUGGAAUGAUACCACUGUUUAAAAACUAGAACUACUUAAGUUAAAUGAUGUUAAAUAGAUAUUUGGAACAUCAUGGGGGGUGGGUUGUAAAAUAACAAAAAUAAACUUUGCAUGAAUCAAUGUUUAUGACUAAUAUAUAUAUUGCAAAUAAAGAAAAACACAAUGGAAAAAGAUUUUUUAAAAUUUUCAUGACUGAGUUCAGUACAGGGUUUUGAAAAAUGCUUUGUUGGGGCCAUAGAUGUUUUGUGGUAUUUCACAUUAACAUUAUUUGCAUAUAUGCAGAACUAUCUCGAUAAGAAAACUGCAUGUCAGGACUGGUCGUUGUCCUCUUCAGAUCACCACCCAAACGCUUCUUGUUCUUUUAUAAAACUUUUUAUUGCGUAUUAACAAAACAUUCUUAUAAACGGUUCUUAACUAUUAUUCCUCAGAGUCACUUAUUUCAGAUACCUUCUGAGCUCUGCUUCUCCAUGACCAGUCACUCUCAAAAUGGCGAAGGCGCCCUUCCCUUCGCUUUCCCGCUCUUUUUUCUAACCUCCUGGCUAGAGCUGGCUUGUAUCUCCCCUCCUCCGAAUCUGAGCUAGAACUGAACCCUUGCCUUUCCUGUGAACAGCCAGUCCCUCCCUGUUGUUCCUCUUGCUCUCUUCUGUUAGAUUCACUGCUCUCCUUCCCCCCUUGGCGAAUGCUUUCUCCCUCUGAGAAACUGGAAACUUCUAACUCUUCCCUGACACUGCACAUGACAGCUGGUGCCAUUCUGCAUAGGAAUGGGACCUUUGUUGGCUAUAUGACUUACUGAAAAAGGGCUAAUAUUGACAGUGAUGUUACAAAUCUUUAUAACUGCAACAAAAACUCUUACUUCUUAAAACUUUCUUAUACUAGGGAAUUGCAUUAUAUUGUUGGGUGUUGCAGAGUAUCCCAUCAUCACCUUCUCUGAUACAGCUUAGUGAAUAAAGAUGCCAAAGAGCUGGUCUUAAUGUGAAAUUUUCUUUCCUUUUUUAAAGAUAGAAGAGCAUAGAAUUUGUGUCUGUGUGAGGAAACGACCCUUAAAUAAACAAGGUAAAGUGGCAUCUGUGGAGUUUAACAAUUGACAGGUUGGUUCAACACUGUUCUUUACGCUGGAUUCUGUGGAGAAUAUCAAUGCAGAAAUUAUGGCAGGUUUCUUUCAGUUGGAACUUCGUUAGUGCUGAAAAUGGUUGUCUUUUAAAAACAAUGUCAUGUAUUUUGCUCCAAUGAGGGAGGAAUAAGAUACCAGAAGACCUCUUUAGCAAACCUCUAGCAGGAUGCUUGUACAGUUUGUCAACUCCCUCUAAUGUUUAAUUCUUUCAAUUAACAUUUUACUACCUCAGUGCUUCCCUUGUGCUGCUCAUCUCCUAUUAAAAAUCCCAUGCCAAGUUGUUCAACCUUUGCUUUCCUGGUCAGGUUGUCAGUUCCACAAAACACUGCAAAUCAAUAGGGUUCAACUUUAUAGUGUGAACUACUUUUGUUUCCUAAACAGAACUUGGGAAGAAAGAGUGUGAUAUAAUUACUGUUGCCAGCAAGAACAGCAUCCUAGUGCAUGAACCAAAGGUGAAGGUGGAUUUGACGAAAUACCUUGAAAACCAGGCUUUUCGAUUUGACUUCUCAUUUGAUGAAAAAGCUUCCAAUGAAAUGGUUUAUUGGUAAUGCAUGUCUUUCCUUUUCUGGCAGUGAAUGAAGAGUACAGAGUUGUGACAGGGAGAGUUGUGACAGGGACAGAAUGGGACAGUAGACGUGGAGGGCCAGUUCACAUGUGAAGCUUCUUUCAUGCAGCUGUCAAAGAUUUUAACUCAUACAGGCACUCCAGGCAGCAGAUGCCACUUCAAAACACUUCAUUGCCUCUUGUAUAAGCUCAUAUCUGUGCAUCAUUUAUAUGCUGGCACUGCAUGCACAGAAGUUGCUAAAUAGGUGGGAGAUCCUUACCUGGGGAAUCUGCUGCUUGGAGCUCCUUCAUGGGUAAGGGGCUUAUGAUGAGGCUUCAGUUGGGAGGUGGUGAAUCUGAAUCUGACAUUCUGCGAUAAUUCCUCCUGAGGAACCAGAAAAUUCCACACUAAAGAUCAGUUAAUACAUUGCACAAAAUCACAAUUUCUUGUUAGGCAUAACAACUGGAAAUCCUUGAUACUUGAGAAAUAAAACAUAUUAACUACCUUUCCCAAAUCUGUUCUCAGUGUUGGGAGCAGACACUUUAUCCCCUUAGUAUUUAAUGAUCAGUCUUUGUGGUAUACAGGGAAGUCCUUUACGGCAAAGGUGAUGAAGUUUCCUUGGCCAGUAGGCUAGAUCUUUUUCUCCCCACACCUGGUGAGCCAAAUCUGACAUCACAAUGAUGUUGGUUGAUUUUUUGCUAUGAAACCUGAAUUGUUGGGACUGUUUGAAAGCCCCUUUGCAUUGCAUGUUUGAAAAGUUGUGUGGGACUGUUUGCAAAAGGGCUUUCAAAUAGUCUCUGCUGCUCUUGGAGCCAAACCAGAAGUUCAAAGAGUAGCACUGGGAGGGAGAAGCAGUUUCCAUUUACGAUGCUGCUAAAAUAGAACAAUUGAGAGUUCGCUUGAAGCUCCCAAUUGUUAUUUUGAAGCUCUGCCUUUACCUGCCCAUACCUGCCAUCAUGCAUGGCACUGGGUGCAGUGUGGGCAAGACUUGCCCAGAAUGGCCUCACAGGCCAAGUGUGUUCUGUAGGUCAGAGGUUCCCCAUCCCUGCUUAUGGAAGUACUUGAGAUGAGAAGGUUUUUCUAAGGCAGAGGUGUAAAGCUAGAGGGGCAGAACCCCUGUGCCUCACUCUUCAGCUCUAAUGGGAUUGUUCCUGUCCCCAGGGAGUAGACAUAAUUCUUUCUGCUAGGACUACAGCUAUAUCCCACUUUUAAUUUUUUUAAAAAAGGUCACACAGCAGUUUACAAAAAAAUGAUAUAAAACACAAAAUCAGAUGAAUAGAAUAACGGUACUGCUAAUCAGCCCUCAUUAACUUACCAAUGCAUCAGUAGCAUGAUAAUACAUAGUAGCAAAGGGUUCAGCAACCCAAGAGCUUCUGAUAGCCCCUUCUAAAGCAACAUUAUAUCUUGAGUGCUGAAAGUGUAGAAAGGUAGCUCUUGAGCCUAGUGGAACCUCUCUUAUUCAGUCUGCAAUGCUCUUGUGGUCAAGCAAAUUUCUAGACUUCUGAUCUUGUCAGUGUUUGAGUUAUUAAGCUAUAAUGGAGUUAUUUUUGUGGGUGCUCUUGUAAAUGGUUUUAUGGGGAUUUGAGUUUUCAGAAUUCACUUGUACUGUGAUAGUUUCACUCAUUCAUUCAUAUUUUGCAUUUUCCUGUUACGGUUUGACCAGGUUCACUGCUAGACCACUUGUGCAGACGAUAUUUGAGGGAGGGAAAGCUACAUGUUUUGCCUAUGGUCAGACUGGAAGUGGAAAAACCCAUGUAAGUGUUUUGUUCUUGAGGGAUGUGUGUAUGUGUUGCAGGAUAUUAAUGAACUUUUUCACUCUGACUUAGCUUGGUGAACUUAAGGCCCUAUCACAGCAUUUAUCUAUAUAGCCAUAGCUGCUGUACUUAUGUGGCUUUUAAAUGAGCUUUUGGGUGUGGGCUGCUGUUGCAUGAUCCUGCAGAGACUGAAUUCCACUGCUUUUAAACAUUGAUUUUCUGUGCUUGCAAAUACUGUAAUCAAAGUUGCAGAAAAUAGAUUCCCUUAUAACUGCUGAGAACCUGUCUCUUAAUAUAUUUUCUCUUUCUAGACUAUGGGAGGUGACUUCUCUGGGAAAGUGCAGAAGGCCUCUAAAGGAAUAUAUGCUUUUGCAUGUAUGUACCAUUUUCAUUUGAAUUUUAUUUUAAAAGUUGGAAACAUAAGGAAAAGUAGAUUGUAAUAUGCAAUCUAUUGCAUGUGUGAAGCUUGCUCUUCCAAUUAAACUUUUUGUUAAAUGAUAUACAUUAAGUACUAAUGUCCACAGCGAAUGCUUUAGAUAACCACUUUAUAAGCUGUAAAAGAACUUCUAGAAAGGACCCUAAAGCACAUAGAGCUCUUGAUAAUUAUCCUGUAAAUGUCUUUCCCUUACCAGCACAGGAUGUCUUCCUUCUUCAGAACCAGCCAAGAUACAAGGCUCUAGGUCUGGAAGUGUACGUGACUUUCUUUGAAAUAUAUAAUGGAAAGGUGAGGCCAUGUGUAUUUUUAAAUAUUCUUCAUAUCUCCUGAGAUCUGAGUGUGCUGGAGAUGAGUUGGUAUCUUCUAUAGAUAAUCUGGUGAUGGCAGGGAGUAUUAGACUAACAUCCCCCUUCUGCAGCUGGGGUAGCCUAGCAGUGGUGAGAGGUGUCUUCUCAUUAUAAGCCAUUUUAGACUUAGGGUUACAGCUUUGUUACAGUUUGUAUAAUCUUAAACACUGCUAAAUGGAAAUCUUUGAGACAUUUUAAGAGCAGAGCACUUCACUACAUUGCAUGGUCUUGCACUGGGAAUUAAUGUUCACUUGGGUGAAUCAAACAAGUCUUCUUAACCUGAGAAGAUCGAGUCCUUUUGAGAAUGAGAUGUGAUAUACCCACUGCUCUUGAGGCUACACCACAAGCUACAUAAAGAAAAUGUGACCAUCCCCAGUUAGGAGGUGAACAUUCUUAAGAAAAUGCAGGCUUUUGGAAGAGAGGUUUGAGCUCCUCUUAAGCCACUCCUCAGUUUGCAUGCAUUAGUUUCUUGAUUUUAAUACCUAGUGCAGACUCUACAUUCAUGGGAAAUGUGGUGUCUGUGCUUGGUAUAAGGUUCCUAGCCAUGGGGAGUUUGCAGUGACAUUCCAGUCCAUUAUGCAUAAAUGUAUUGUACCCUUCUUUAUUGGAAAGCUUUAUGUUGAGGCUUUCAUGAAGAUUUUUAAAAUAUGUGAGACCUUUUGAAGCAGCUUUCUCAAAUGCUACACUUCUAGCACCUGAUCUUUCUGCAACUUUUUGUAUUUCCCUCUUUUCCAAUCCAGCUAUUCGAUCUCUUAAACAAAAAAGCAAAGCUGCGAGUGCUGGAGGAUGGCAAACAGCAGGUUCAGGUCGUUGGACUGCAAGAAAUGCAAGUGAACUGUGCUGAGGAUGUUAUCCGGAUGAUUGAGAUAGGCAGUGCCUGCAGGUUGGUUGUGCUGCAUGCUUAAUAUUAGUGCAGGAUGUAGAUGACCAUUUAUCAUCUCCCCCUUAACUCUUAGGGAAAAGGAGCAGUUGACAAUAUAUAAUCAGUUUUACCUUUACUUAGAAGACAAUUUGCAAGAAAGGGUGGGGACUAUCCAUAGCCUUUAGUCUUCUGGUGGUAAAACAAGAAGAACUGUAUAGGAACCUAAAUUUUGUACCAGUAAAACUGAACUUGCAUGUUCUAAAUUAACCUGCUUUUAUUAUAAACUCACUAUUUUUCUCCAGUCUUUGAAACCUUAGGAGCUUUUUAUUGCUACAAAAAGCAAUUCCUAGAGAAAGAGAUUCAUAGAUGUGGAGAGUUUGGAGAAAGUGACUGGGGACUGUGAAGGGAGAGUCAUUCAUGUCACCGGAACACCAAAACACUGAACAACAACAGCAACUGCUACUACUACUUCUUAAAAUUUGUAUACUGUCCUUCAUUGGCAAAUCUCAGGGUGGUUCACAACAUAAAAAUACAAUAUUAAAGCACAAAAUACAUCAUAAGAACAAAAAUCAACCAACCAAUAGGCAAAAAUCAACCAAUGGAGACAUUAGGCGUUGUCUCCAAUCUUUUUGGGCUCCAGGGCACACUUACAAAUCUAAAACUCCUGAAGACAUGACAGAAGAAAAACUGGUAAUGCUCAGACUCUUCCUCCAUCAAAUAAAAAUCAGGCAACCUCCCCAAAACACUCUCCCACUAGGGAGGGGCAGAGGGGCUUGGUGGACACCAAGUGGGAUGGAUGUCUGCCAUAAUUCAUAUGGGUGCCUGGUUGGAGACCCCAUGCUUAGAUCCAUGCAGAUACUGCAAAGGCUAGUACCCUUUUAAUAUAUUAAAUUCACAUUAGACUUGGAAGUAGAAGCAUUAAUUGGAACAUAACAGAUGAGGUACAAACAACACAAGUUAUACUGACAUAUUCUGAGGCGAAGAUACGGAACAGUUGGUAUAUAAUUAUAUUUCAUACCCAUGAUCUAAUGAACACUAUUAUCUCUGUUGUAGGACAUCCGGGCAUACAUUUGCAAACGCCAGCUCCUCGCGUUCCCAUGCUUGUUUUCAAAUUAUUCUGCGCAGAAAACGAAAACUUCAUGGCAAGUUCUCCUUAGUGGACUUGGCGGGGAAUGAAAGAGGUGCUGAUACCUCCAGCAAUGAUCGGCAGACACGGUUGGAAGCAGCAGAAAUAAACAAGAGCUUGCUAGCACUGAAGGUACAGUGUAACUUCAUGGCACAGGCAAUAAGAGUUCGUGGCAGUUUUAGACAAGAGCCGAAUAGACAGCUGAUGGCAUAAAUCCAGGACUGGGCUACUUACUACCAGCCUCUUUAGCACUGUUUAUUUGCCUGUUCAGUUCUGCAGACUUGGACAAACCAACCCAGGAUGUAUGGAGACAGAUUUGCAACUCUUAUUAUAGAAGACACUUGCUAAACCUGUUAGUUAUGACAAAGCUGUUUGGGGAGCUUGCAGAAUAGCCACUGAAGAAUAAGAGGACAAGGAAUAAUUUGUGAAAAGGAGCUCAGCAACAUUCAGCAUGGAAAGCUGUAUUAGAAACUCACCAGGAGCCUGAGCAUUGCAACUGACUUGCAUAGACAGAUACCAAAAUGCCAAACUGCAGUGUCUAUAUUGGCUACCGCUAUCUGGAAGUUAAAUUAAAAUGACUCUUGAACCUCCUUCCAAUUCUAACUCUAUAAAAGUUUGAUUUGAUUAAGUGGUUCAAAAAAGAUUAGAAGCUAUUUGUGAUUUUUCCUGUCGCGGAUAUAUAUCAUGAUAUAUCAAGAUAUUGUGAUAUUUAGUUGGUGAUAUAUUGUGAUAUUGAAAACCAGAUAUCACCCAGUCCUAGUGUACUCCAGUUGUGAUGUCUGUUCUAAAUAGUGAUGUAACUUGCACACACACCUUUCUGGGAUGUCUUUUUAGUUUUGUUCAUAAAACAGAGCAAGAGGCCAAAUUUACCAAACAGAAUGUUGCUUUCUAGAUAAUCACUGCGAAGUAGUAUAUAACUGCUUUUCUUGAGGGGCUGUAGGUGAUGAGCACUGCAAAUUUUUUGUCUACUAUCUAAAGAACAAGGCAAACAAAAGUUUUAAGUGCACCUGUGAUAAUAUUUCAAAGUUACCUAAAGCAGGGCAGACUUGAGACACUGCAGGAUUUCUUGCAACCUUUUCUUCAAAGGUGGGGAACCAAUUGCCCAUCAGGUGAUGUUAGACUUCUAACUCCCAUCAAGCCCAGCUAACAUGGCCAGGGAUGAUGGGAGUUGGGUGUCAGCAACAUCUGGAGCCACAUCCUACUGUGCAAUCCUAAGUAAGUGCUUAGAAGUCCACUAGGUUCUACUUAAGGUAAAAAAGUGUUUAGCUAUAGCCAUGAUGGUGAUGAUCCUAAACACUGUUCAAAUAUGACUAUUUCUCCUCCUAUCCCCAGGAAUGUAUCCGCGCUCUAGGCCAGAAUAAACAACACACACCUUUUCGGGAGAGCAAACUUACCCAAGUGCUGAGGGAUUCCUUCAUUGGAGCAAAUUCCAGAACCUGUAUGGUAAGUUAAAUAGCUGGCCUUGUGAUCAGAGAAAUGGCAGGAACUUGCUGAAGUUACCACUUGAUUUUAAAUUCUUCUGUUUCUAGUAACAAGUAAAAUAGCUAUGCCAGUGUAUCUUAAGAAAAUUAUACCCAGUUCUUGAUUUAUGCAGAAAGCCAAAACAAGCUUCCUGAUCAAAUAUUUUUGUUGCACUGGUUCAUGAGCCGGUAUGUUGCAAUCUAGAGCAAAGCUUAUCAACAUACAGAUGUUAAAAUUGCUCUCCUUCGGGGUCUUAGUUGCAUUAAGGUGACAACCUAAACAUGUGCUUGGAAAAAGCCUAUAGAUUUCUGUGGAGUCUAAAUUCCAAGUAAAUAUGAUGAAGGUGCAAGAAAACUUAAGGUGCUUCAUUGUUGAUGGGAUCAGUGAAGCAGAACUGCUGGGACAGCAUUGCAGGCUGGAUGGAUGUGACUGUAACUGUAUAGAAAGUAAGAGAUGAAUACGGGUGGCUAUUUUAUUUAUUUGCUUUCAGAUUGCAAUGAUCUCCCCAGGCAUGAAUUCCUGUGAAUAUACCCUAAACACCUUGCGGUAUGCUGAUAGGUGAGUGAUUUCUGGACUUACAAAUCUCAUCCUUAAUACUGGGGUAAAUUGUUGGUCAUACAAGUGAUCUUAGUCAUGAUGUAUUUGUGGAAGGAAAAACUGUUUUAGAAUUGCAGUUUUCAAAUGGCCUCAGGCUUUCACUUUAAGGGUGGGAUUCAUCUAACAAGCACCACCUGUGGAAGCCCUACACAUGAGCUUCAGCUUGUGCAAUGGGGUGUUCCCCCUGUGGCCCCCAAUUAAUUGGCUUGUGGGGGUUGGGAGAACCUCCAGAACAGGGUGUGGGGGGACGGGGUAUUGUUCUGUCUAGCAAGCUGGAAUGCUUGCGCAGACAGAAUGACUGGAAAAGUUCCACCCUCAGGCUUCACCUGUGUUGUAUACAGGCCAUUAAGUGAUUUACCAAGGCUGGAUUCUUCCCUUCUGUUCUCAGAGUGAAGGAGCUCCCUCACAAUGGAACAGCUGGAGAAGCACAGAACUGCAUGGAAACUGAAAAUGAAGAGGUGGAUAUCAGUGAGGAAGAAUCGGCCCACCUUCAUGAGGUUUGCAUGUGCUGAACAGGAGGGCAAUCUGUUUGGCGAGUAGAGCUUAGUGAGGCUGUACUAAUACUUUCUCUUGUCAAAACAACAGCUUUCUGAUGAUGAGCUGUCUCAUCUGUCCAGUUUCCGUGAGGCUGUCACCCGGAUAAGUGAGCUUGAGGAGAAGGCAAUAGAGGAGCUUAAGGAUGUCAGGGAGGUAUGUAUUGGUGGGUAGUGCACCAAAUCUUCUUGAUAGUCUCUGGGUUCAAGUGGCUUUUACUGUUGAAGAACUGAAAUUGUGACGCUGAAAUGAUGCUUAUCCUAGAUCAAGGAGCAUGCAAUAAGAUUUCAGUGCAAAUUUUAAGCCAAUAUUUCCAGUAACAUCAGUUUGUUCCAUAAUUGUAAGAGAAACUCCUAACUUUCCUCACCUUUCGUACUCAGAAAAUGAACGACUGCAACUGUCUCCUGGAUAUUGCAGAACAACCAGAAUAUGACCUGGAGGCAUUUGUGUAUCAAGCCCAGUGCUUCGUAAAUGAAGGAUCCAAAAAUUUCCUCCGCCUGAAAGGUACUGGAGGGUGCUGUAUUUCACUAACACACUGCAGGAAGUAGCAUAGAAAUUAAAAUGCUUGGUGCUUUUAGGAGUUGGCUUUUCAACUUCCCUGUGACAGAAUGUUCAGCUAUGCUACGAAAACUGCCAUUUGUAUGUUAAACACUGCAUAGAAUAUAGAAGCAAUGCAGUUGCUAUCCAAAAUUGCUUGCCACAUAAGAUGAUGGAGGCCAGGGAGAGAUAUAAGGCUUUACCAUGAUUAGUGGUAAGGAAAGGAGAAGGUAAAAUGUAGCUAGGGUUGUCCAGAAAGUACAGGCAACUCUCAAUUUGCGUGAGAGUUGUGUUCCUGGCCCCCACGUGCAUUGGUGGAGCACGUAUAAGCCUGCCCCUAUUAUGCCCUUUUCCAUGUCCAAAAGGACUCACGCGUCAGUUGACUGCCUGCAAAGUGGUUGCUUCCUGUACUGCAUAGAAUCAGAUGAUGUGUGGAGACUUAAAAUGGUUUGAAUAGAAAGACUUCUAUUCUAGGCAAAAGGCAUGAAUGAAAUAGUAGAAGAUAUGAAGAAGUUAAAGAUGUCAUGGUCAGAUGGGCACAAGACCUCGGGUAUAGUACCUUAUACCCCCCAAAUUGGCUAAAAUGUACCAAAACACCAGUGGAGAAUGUUGGAGGAAUGUUGCGCACCUCUAUACUGUACUUUCUUUCCGCUUUGAUUAGGAGCUUUGUGGUGCUAAAGUGUAGACUUGGUGGGCAAUACCGUGGUUUGACUAUUGGACUGAUUAAACACAUGGUGUGUGAUUCCCAGGAAUACAUUGCCACAGGCUGGAAGAGAAUCACCACUGUCCUCUUAGAGGACAUCCUUGGAGAGGAAGGGGGGUCAGUAUGGAGCUGCUUAAUUCUGGAAUGCUGUCCUUGUAGGAGAAGUGUUCAGUGUGGGGCGUGGAAUGUGGGGUGUGGAAUGUAAGAGGUUGCACUGUUACUGAGUGAAGCAGUUGCACUGGGGUGGGUUCAUGCAUUGCUGUGGAGUGUUCCUCAGUUUUCCAAAUGUGCCCAUGGGGCCCCAAAAUGUUGAUAACCCCUACACUGUACUGUGAUGUUCCAGAACUAAAGGAAUAGGCAUUUUACAAAGCAUUCACUAGGUGGCUCUCUUUGCAAACAUUACAAUCCUGAGGCAAAAAAUUAGUUUCACUUUUGUUUUCAGUCAUACACAAUGCUAUUUUGCCACAAGAUAUUUUUCAUAUACUUGAAUGGGACAAGACAGCAAUGGCUGACAGCAAGUCCUGGAGAGACUGGCUGCACAAUCUGAAUUCCAAAUAGGAACUCCAUAGUGCUGCUGAUCCCUGCCCAAAACAGGACUUGCUGUAAGCUCCAAUCAGCUGAUUGACAAUUAGAGCAAGGCCCUUGGGUAUUGUUCUUUGCAGCCCAGCUUUGAAGUGGGGUGUCAGGUGAUUGACAUGUGGGCCUCACCCACUUGUCAAAAUGGUUCUGGUAAGGGAACUCAGGCUCUUGCCUGCUGGCUGGAUCCUGUUGCUGCCACCAGAGUGGUCAGAAAGAAAGAAAUGGAGUAUCUAGAUGUGUGUUUCUUUUUUUGUUUUCUGGAUGCCCCCCAAAGGGGUCUCAUGCUGAUGUCUAUCUUCUCUGUCUCCUUCCUCUUCCAUAGACACUCUGGAAGAACUAACCCUUGCCAUGCAGAUGGAAGAACAAGCCAGCAAGCAUCUGAAUAAGCGACCACUUCAGUAGUUACCCACUUGUUAAAUGAAUUUCUUCCCUCUCUAUUUGUCUGUCACUUCUUUGGUUUGCUAUUAACUGUAUUUAAAAUGCAAGCAGAAGGUUCAUCCUAUCUUGUUUGAGGGUUCCCUGUUUUGGGGAGAGGGUGCUAUCCUUUAUGCAGGUAAAGGAAAGUACUCUGCCAGAAUGUGAUGUUUCUGGGACCAUUGCUCCUCUUCACAACUGAAGGCUAAGAAGAAGAGUUGCUUUGGUGUCUCUUGGUAAGCUUGUACAUUUUUCUAGUGUAAAUAAAGUAUUUCACUAAAUACUUUUGAAAUGUUAACAUUGAAUGCAAUCCAGUGAAUCUUGAACUGGUUUUGCUGUUUGAGACUUUUUAAAAUAUAAAUAAUCAGUAAUUGAAGCAGUUUAUAAAUAAAUAUUUCUGAAUGCAUCAAGUCCUGUAUUGUGAGGGGUUUGAAGUGUGUUCUGCAGGUCUUCUGCUGUUCUUGGAGGCCACUUGUAUAUGUUGGAUUUGUAUGCACAUCUGGCUUGGAGAGCAACAACUUGGUAAGGACAGCUUGCUUAUUUUCAACCUUAUCUAUUACAUCUAAAAGAGAAUUUGGGAUUUGUCAGUAAGACUGGUUAUAAACAUAUUUUACUUAGAAAUACUAUGGGAGGAGUUCAGCAUUGUGCUGUUAUGUUUGUUCAGUCAUUGCAAACAUUUCUGCUUGCCAGGUAGACCAGUUUCCCAUCUUCCUAUUAACAUGACUUGUUGCGCUAGCACAACUAUUUAGCUGAAUCUGGCCUUUUAUCUUGGUUUUCAACUGGUUUUGUUUCAGAGGAAGGCAGCAAUUGUACUUACUAGUAUACUUACCAGAGGAAGUCUAUUGAACUUGGUGGAUCUUUGCCCCCCACCCUUAAAUAUUUACAGGAGCAUGGAAAGAAUGUUUAGGACUAUAACUUGAACACAUUAGGCAAUCCUAGUCCAGCUAGGUUGUGAUGACAGCCAAGGUUGUUUCUAUUUUGGUUGAACUUUAAGGAAAGAUGGUCCCUAUUUAUGAGAAAUGAUCAGGGGUUCUGGAAAAAUGUGGGUGGUCAACGCUAGUCAAAACUUCUGGACUCUACUAUUUUUGCUAAUGGAACAACUGGAAGAGGACAAGAUUGAAUUCAUCUGACCUUUUUCCAGGUUGUUUAAAAAAAAAUUACUAACACAGGUAUGUGUAGAAAGUGGAGCUAAUCACCUUGUAGGCUAGCUAAAUGAAAAAAAAAUACUGGAGUUCUAUAGAGAGCUGGAAGGCAAAUUAUUUGAAAGAUGUAAUGAGAUAAUAAUAUUAGAGGACUUAAUGCGGUGGUGUUGACAGAAAACGAUAAAACAAUUAAGGAACUCCAGUAAAGGAAUGGAUCAGGAUGUGACAUGCUGGUAAUCCAAUUUAUAGAAAGAAAAGAGGAAGAAAAAGAAUUUUGAAGGAAAUGGUGUGUUAUGAAAAUAUCAAGUUUGUAUUCAGAAACUGAAAAUAAAACAAACGCAAUUUGCCAUGAUCACACAGAAUGAAAUAGAGCAACGACUAAAAAGCUUUAAAACAAAAACAAUUUGAGUUUGCCAAUAAGCUGGGAAAGUAAAACCCCCAAUAUAAUAAACAAGAUAAUGGUAGGGGAGAGGAUAUAUAACCAAAAAGAAUUCAGAAAAUAAGUUUUAAGAUACUACUCGACUUUGUAUGUGAAUGGAAAGGAGAGUGAGAAAGACAUAGAAGAAUAUUUGCAAAAAUGUUAUCUACCACAGCUAACAAAGGACCAAGUAGAUAGUCUAAAUGCCCCCAUCUCAAUGAUGGAAAUAGAUGUACCUAUCAAGCAGGCAAAGUCUGGCAAACCUCCUGGUCUGGACGGACUUUCAGUCGCAUAUUAUAAAACAUUAAGAGAAACAUUACCACGCCCCUUAAAGAUCUUAUGAAUGAAAGUUUACAAGGGAGAACAAUACCAACAUUGUAGAAGAACGUUUACAUUACUCUAAUCCCCAAACAAGAUCAGGAUAUACUCCAACCCAAGAACUACAGGCUGAUCUCCUUACUGAACAAUGAUUAUAAGUUGUACACUGCAAUAAUGGCAAAAAAGCUGAUGGUGGUCCUAGAAUCACCUAUUCGUGAGGUUUUUUUACCAAGGAAUAAUACUAGAAAUGUGAUCAAAUACUUGGAAAAAAGAAAUGAAAAAGAAGCAGCACUAAUAUUUUUAUAUGCUGAAAAGGCCUUUGACAAUGUGUUCUGGGUCUUCCUGAAGAAAUUAGUGGAGAAUGCUAUUCUGAAUGCCAUAUUCUCUAAUGGGAUAAAUGCAGUAUACACAGAGCAAUAGGUGAGCUUAAUAAUAAAUAGUAAUGUCACAGAAAAAAGUAGCAUCAAGAAGGGGACAAGGCAGGGAUGCCCCCUGUUGCCACUGUUGUUUAUCCUAAUACGUAUUAGAAGUGUUAACUAGAGAAAUACGAAAAAUGAUGAAAUAACAGGAAUUAAGGUUGGGCAGAGAGAAUACAAAGUGAAAGCCUUUGCAGACGACGUGUUGAUGUUGGAAAAUUCGGUGGAAAGCGUCCCAAGGGCAAUAGAAACUAUAACAAAAUUUGGCAAAUUGGCAGGAUUCUAUAUAAAUAAGGAAAAAACAAAAAUGAUAGUAAAAAAUUUAGACUUACAGGCAAAAGAAAGACUUGAGAAUAUUAUGGGAAUUAAAACAGAAAAAUAUUUGAGGAUAUGGAUAUCAGCUAAGAAUUUAAACCUUUUUCAGGAUAACUAUGUUAAAAUCUGGAAUGAAAUAAAAAGAAUCUAGAAAAAUGGACUAGACUGAACCUUUCUUUGUUAGGAAGAAUAUCUGCAGUCAAAAUGAAUGUUUUGCCCAAGAUGAUCUUCUUAUUUCAAACACUCGUGGUAAUAGCCCAAACUGUUUUAAAAUGUGAAAGAAGGACGUGACAAACUUCAUUUGGUAGUGGGGAAACCCAAAUUAAGUAUAAAAAUCUGACAGAUGUAAGAGAAAGAGGGGACUUUGCCCUUCCAGACCUUAGAUUUUAUUAUGAGGCAGCAUGUCUCUGUUGGAUGAAAGAAUAGAUGGAGCUAAGAGAUACCAACAUUUUAGACCUAGAAGGUUUUGAUCUACACUUUGAAUGGCAUGCAUAUCUGCAUUAUGACAAAUCAAGGGUGCACAAAGGUUUCCAAAACCAUGUCAUAAGAAGAAGUAUGUACAUGGUUUGGCAGCGACACAAAGAUCUCUUAGAGAGAAAACCCCCAAGAUGGAUAUCCCCAACUGAGGUGGUCUCAGCGAAAAGGUUGAAUAUGGACUAAUGGGCCACUUAUAAAGUUUAUAGAAGGAGGAGUUCACCUAAAAAAAGGAGAAGAGAUUUGGGAUCAUACUAUAGAUUGGUUUCAGUAUUUUCAGGUGAAUGAGUUACCAGUAUUUUAAAGAGAUAAGGAAAAGGGAUUGGCGGAAAUGAGUUCAGAAUUUGAAAAAAUUGUAUUAGGAAAGGAUGAUAAAUUAAUCUCAAAAAUUUAUAAGGUGUUAUUGGAGUGGGAGACCAAAGAUGAGAUGGUAAAGGCGACAAUGACAAAAUGGGCCAUAGAUAUUGGUUGCAACAUAGAAUUGUCCACAUGGGAAAAAUUAUGGGGGGAAAACCAUGAAUUUUUCUGCCUGUUAACUUAUUAAGGAAAACCUACAAAAGAUGAUGUACCAGUGGUACUUGACAACCCAAUAAAUUAGUGAAAAUGUAUAAAAAAGGGUCUAAUUUAUGCUGGAAGUGCCACAAGGUAGAGGGAACCCUGAUUCAUAUGUGGUGGUCGUGUAAAUACUCUAGAGCAGGCAUCCCCAAACUUGGCCCUCAACCUGUUUUGGGACUGCAACUCCCAUCAUCCCUAGCUAACAGGACUAGUGGUCAGGGAUUAUGGGAAUUGUAGUCCCAAAACAGCUGGAGGGCCGAGUUUGGGGAUGCCUGCUCUAACGAAUAAUUAAAGAUUUUAAAAUUCACAUUUCCCAAAAGACCAGAGGCCUUCCUGUUAGGGAUAAUAGGUGAUGGUAUUCCAAAAAAGGCACUCAAUAUCUUUCUGCACGCAAUCACUGCAGCUAGAAUAAUAUAUGCAAAAAAAAAUGGAAAGAAGUAGAGAUACCCACGAAGGAAACUUGGUAAAACAAACUGAUAGAAUAUGUAGAAUUAGUAACCUUGACUGCAAAACUAAGGAAUAAGGAUGAGUUAAAAAGAAGAGUAGAGUGGAGGUAUUUUGGAGAUUAUCUUAGAGGGUACAAUAUACAAUUUAAUCUACAAGUAGGUUAAAUAUACAAUUUAACCUACAAGAGAGAUGGAUUGGGAAGUCGGGAAAAGAGAUAAGAGAUGGAUACUGUGCAAUGUGUGUAUAAAGGCUGUUAAAACUGCAUAAAUAAAAGUUUUUAAAACA